UUAAAUAACCUCCGCUCAGAAGUGAGAAGUCGGAGAUUCCCGGGAGGCUGAUUGUUUACCUUCUGCAGGUCGGACUUUCUUAACACCUGGAGGAUGGAGCGAUUGGGACACCUACUUUUUCUCUCUGCGCUGAGUGUGAGUUUAGCACGACCGGCGAUGGAACUACGUCCAAGCGCGCCCGUUAAUGAGCGGCCAAUUAUCGGGAUUUUGACCCAAGAGGUGUCUGAUGAUGACAUGAGACCAUUUGGGAAAACAUACAUUCCUGCCUCUUAUGUGAAGUACAUCGAGUCAGCAGGGAGCCGAGUGAUGCCAAUCAGGUUGAACCUGACCCAAGCUGAAUAUGAGAAAAUCUUCGCGGAAAUAAACGGCCUGCUGUUCAUUGGAGGAGCAGUGAAUCUGGUGGAAUCAGACUAUGCCCGGACUGCAACGUUUUUUUACAAGCUUGCUGUAAAGGCCAAUGACGCGGGGGACUUCUUCCCGCUGUGGGGGACCUGCAUGGGGUUCCAGCUGCUCACAGUCCUGGUGGCCGGAGAGGACCUGCUGACCAACACCACCGCAGAGAACAUCGCCAUGCCGCUCAAUCUGACCCCAGAGGCCCAGUCCAGCCGCAUGUUUGAGGGCUUCCCUCCGGACCUCCUCAGGGCUCUGGCCCAGGAACCUCUCACCGGAAACUUCCAUCACUACGGAGUAACGGAGAAGGUGUUCCAGGAGAAUGCGCCACUGAGGGAGUUCUUCUCCGUGUUGUCCACAAACGUCGCCGAGGACGGAUCGGUCUUUGUGUCCACCAUGGAAGGACGCCAGUACCCCUUCUACGGCGUCCAGUGGCAUCCAGAGGUCAACCGCUUUCAGUGGAACCCCAAGUACCACUUCCCCCACUCCGUCAACGCCGUCCGACUCUCAACGCUGCUCGCAGACUUCUUUGUCAACGAAGGCAGGAAGAGUUCUCAUCACUUUGCCAACCCGGAGGACGAAAACGCGGCUUUGAUCUACAACUAUAGCCCUGUUUACACCGCCAACUUUACCGGAUACCAACAAGCCUAUUUCUUCUGAGCGCACACAAGUGUCACUCAAACGUCUUACACUAAUGC